UUAUUGGUAUCAGCCAGCCAACAGUUUCGCUUGUCUGUAAACAAGUUGCUUUAGCUCUGGUAGUACACAGAGCUCAGUGGAUUAAAAUGCCACAAAAUGAUCUGGAGCAAAAUAGAGUGAUUGCUGGGUUUUAUGGAAUAUGUGGGUUUCGGCAAGUGGUUGGAGCUAUUGAUUACACCCAUAUUCGAAUUCCAAAAGUGGGUGGAAACAUUGGGCAAUAUUACAUAAACAGAAAAGGAUACAGUUCAAUAAAUGUACAAGUUGUGGCCAAUGCUAAUUUGGAAAUUAUGGACAUAGUAGCUCACUGGAGAGGCAGCACUCAUGACUCCAGAAUAUUCAAUUAUUGCAGAUUAAAACGUAGGUUUGAGCAGUCAGAAUUCAAAGGGAGACUAUUGGGAGAUUUAGGCUAUGCCUGCUCCCCUUAUUUAUUCACUCCAGUCCUAAAUCCGACAACACAACAGGAGGAACGUUAUAACAGGGCACAUAUACAAACCCGCAACACUGUGGAACGAUGUUUCGGUGUGUGGAAGCAAAGAUUUCGCUGUUUACUAGAUGGGUUUAAAACCAAAUUAGAUAACACCAAAUUGUACAUUGUAGCGCUGGCAAUACUUAACAAUAUUGCCAUCCACCACCGGGAUAUGAUUGAAAAUAUUGACCAACCAGGAAAUGAAGACAUACCAGUAAUACCUGCAAUUAAUAAUAACAUUAGAGGAAAUGCAGCUAGAGCUGCAUUUAUUAAUGAUAAUUUUUAGUUGAAUGGAGAUGCUACCCAAUUCCUUCUCAAAGAGUUUGGCAAAUAUAUUUGGACGGGUGUUAAAAAAAUACAACCUUUAUUAUUGCUAACAAAAAGUUAUAAAAACACAUUUUAUUAUUA